UUCUUCUUACAAGCAAAAAAAAAAAGAAAAAUAGAGAGAGAAUGGGGAAGUUAAUGGCAAAGAGUUUUUGCAUUGGAUUUGGAUGUGGAAGAAUUGGGACGACGGGCAGCAACAAAAGAUCAUCCUCAUCAUCAUCAUCUUCAUCAUUAUCAUCAUCAUCUUCAUCAUCGUCAUGUAACAACAACAACAUAAAAUGGGAGAUGAGGCCUGGAGGGAUGCUGGUUCAGAAGAGAUCAGAAGACUCCAACACUGAAGAUUUAAUCAGCCUUAAAGUCUCCACUGUUUCUCAACUUUCAUAUGAAAUCUCCAUAGAUGCCAAUUCUACUUUCGGUGAAUUGAAGAUGAUGAUAACAAUAGUGAGUGGAAUUGAGGCAAAAGAGCAAAGACUCGUGUUCAGAGGAAAGGAAAGAGAAGACAGAGAAUACUUACACAUGAUUGGUGUUGGAGAUGGAGAUAAGGUCUUUUUAUUACAAGAUCCUGCUUUUAAGGAGAUGAAACCUACUCAUCUCCCAAUUACUGUCUAAUUUUAAUUCCUUACUUUAUUAAUUUGAUUAAAUCAACCGAUUAGUUAGCUCUAAUCCACCCUUAAAACACUUUCUAAUCGAAGUUCUUGAUUUUUUUGCAAGACUUUGGUUGCUACUGUAUUGGCUGACAUUUAGUUUGAGCCUGAUCAGUAAUUAUGGUUAUAUAUAUUUUGAUAGUCAUUUGAUGGAUGAUUGAAGUUGGAAUAUUAUGUCGAUUA